CUUAAGUUGAACGCUAGAAAACCAAGUAUUUGAAAUUAGCGUGUCCUGGAAAAAGUGAAGUCUUUACCUGAGUGGGACACAGCAGAAGGAGUGGUUGUGCUCUAUUUUCUGCUUUGCAGGGGCAGUUAAGAAGCAAUAUCAGUGGGUUUGAUCCUUGGAAAGCCACGUAAUUCAGUGAUGCUGGCAAGAAACUAAACCUCAAACCAGUUUCUCUUUUCUUGUUUUGGAUCCUUUUGACAGCUUCUUGAGCAAAUGGGAAACCCUUUGCAAAAUGGGCCUAGUACUUCACAGAAGCGCGUGAAACACUUCUGAACCUAACCCUUUUGUAAAGUCUACCUGGAAUCUCUCGUUCUUGGUUACUCGUGUCUCUGCCAUCUGGCUCUGAUGCCUGGGAGCGAGGUGUAUGUCCUGCUUGUUAGGAGACAAAGGCUUGAAGGGAAGAAUGUCAAAGGAAAGAUGACAAACGUAUCCCCAAGUAGCAAGGAUGUACAGGCAAUACCCCUUCUCCUACUGUACUGAAAGGACCAUAAACUGACCUGAUGGCUUGCUUUAAUGUGUUAAAUAUUUUCAGAGAACGUCCUAUGAGUGGUAUAUUCCGAAAGGUAUCCUGAAGACCGGUUGGAUGAACAAACACCUGAAUUUGGUUCCAGCACUUGUUGUGGUGUUCUAUGAACUAGACUGGGAGGAGCCACAAUGGAAAGAAAAACAGUCUGAAUGUGCUACUCGAGUUGAAAUUGUCAGGCAAAGUUUGCAGGGACGAAAUACGAAAGUUGCUGUGGUUUUGAUUCAGAAAAAAACACCGUUACCUCCAGGGGAAGAUGUUAUUGCGUCGGAGAGGGCAGCAGCUUUGUGUAAUGCUUGUGACCUUUCUGGAAAAUCCCUCUUUGUACUUCCACAUACCGAUCAUCUUGUUGGUUAUAUUAUAAGGUUGGAGAAUGCUUUCUAUGAGCAUGCGCAGAACUACUAUUAUACAGAAAUACGAAGAGUUAAAUGUCAUAAGGAGUUCUUGAACAAAACCACUCAUCAGCUUUUAUUUGUUAGACACCAGUUCAAAAUAGCAUUCUUCAGUGAGCUGAAACAGGAUACACAGAACGCUCUAAAAAAUUACAGAACUGCUUAUAAUCUUGUGCACGAAUUGAGGGCUCAUGAAACAAACAUCCUGGAAAUCAAGACCAUGGCAGGAUUUAUAAACUACAAGAUCUGUCGCCUCUGUUUUCAGCAUAAUACUCCGCUGGAUGCAAUUGCUCAGUUCAGAAAACAUAUUGACUUGUGCAAGAAAAAAAUAGGAAGUGCAGAACUGGCUUUUGAGCAUGCUGCCUGGAUGUCAAAACAGUUUCAGGCUUUUGGUGACCUGUUUGAUGAAGCGAUUAAGCUGGGGUUGACAGCCAUUCAGACUCAGAAUCCAGGUUUUUAUUACCAGCAGGCAGCCUACUAUGCACAGGAACGGAAGCAACUAGCAAAUAUGCUUUGUAACCACGAUUCCUCUGUGAUGUACCCCAAUCCGGAUCCCCUGGAAACACAGACUGGAAUGCUUGACUUCUAUGGGCAAAGGCCUUGGCGGCAGGGAAUACUAAGCUUUGAUCUUUCUGAUCCUGAAAAAGAAAAGUUGGGGAUUUUAGCCCUGCAGCUGAAAGAGAAAAACGUUCUUCACUCAGAGCUAAUAAUCACUUUGUUGAGUAAUGCUGUCGCGCAAUUCAAGAAAUACAAAUGUCCAAGAAUGAAGAGUCAUUUGAUGGUUCAGAUGGGUGAAGAAUAUUACUAUGCCAAGGAUUACACCAAAGCUUUGAAGUUGUUGGAUUAUGUUAUGUGUGAAUAUCGCAGUGAAGGAUGGUGGACUCUUCUAACUUCCAUAUUGACAACAGCUCUCAAAUGUUCAUAUCUAAUGGCCCAGCUAAAAGAUUAUAUAACAUAUUCUUUAGAGCUACUGGGCAGAGCAUCUACCCUUAAAGACGACCAGAAGUCUCGAAUAGAAAAAAAUCUGAUAAAAGUCCUAAUGAAUGAGAGCCCUGAUCCUGAACCUGAUUGUGACGCUACUGCUGUGAAAGCUUCCCAGAAAUUGUGGGCUGACCGUGUUUCCUUGGCAGGCAGUAAUGUUUUUACAAUAGAAGUCCAAGAUUUUAUACCAUUUGUGCAGUGCAAAGCAAAAUUUUUUGCUCCAAGUUUUCAUGUUGAUGUUCCUGUGCAAUUUGAUAUAUACUUGAAAGCUGAUUGUCCUCAUCCUAUCAGGUUUUCUAAGCUCUGCGUGAGUUUCAAUAACCAGGAUUAUAAUCAGUACUGUGUGGUAGAAGAAGCCUAUCAAAAAAGCGAUAUUCUAGAACAGUCAUCACAAGGAACAAUGUGCUUGGUCCCUGGCAAAACAAGGAAGUUCACUUUCAAAUUUGUUGCAAAAACUGAAGAUGUAGGAAAGAAGAUUGAGAUCACCUCUGUGGAUUUGAUCCUGGGAAAAGACUCAGGUAGAUGUGUGAUUCUGAAUUGGCGGGGAGGAGGUGGAGAUGCUGCUUCCUCUCAAGAAGCAUUGCAAGCGGCACGUUCCUUCAGGCGAAGACCUAAGCUUCCAGAUAAUGAAGUUCACUGGGACAGUUUAACUAUUCAGGCAAGCACUAUGAUUAUUUCUAGAGUGCCAAACAUUUCUGUUCAGCUCCAUCAUGAACCUCCGGCCCUGACUAACGAAAUGUACUGUUUGAUUGUGACAGUCCAAUCACAUGAGGAGACUGUUGCCAAAGAUGUUAAACUUACCGCAGGUUUAAAGCCAGGGCAAGAUGCUAAUCUGACUCAGAAAACUCAGGUAACUCUUCAUGGAACAGAAGCAUGUGAUGACUCCUUUCCUUCAUUGCUUCCUGAUAUCCCUGUAGGAGACUUGCAGCCAGGGGAAAAGCUGGAAAAAGCAAUAUACGUUCGUUGUGGAACAGUUGGUGCAAGAAUGUUUCUAGUUUAUGUUUCCUACUUAAUCACUACUACUGUUGAAGAGAAGGAAAUCCUCUGCAAGUGCCACCGGGAUGAAACUGUAACUAUAGAAACAGUAUUUCCAUUUGAUGUUGCUGUCAAAUUUGUCUCCACAAAGUUGGAACACUUGGACAGAGUCUUUGCAGAUAUACCGUUCCUACUGAUGACAGACAUUCUGAGUGCCUCUCCUUGGCCUCUCACUAUUAUGACCAGCCAACUACAGCUUUCAGCUGCCAUGACCCCCGUAGAUCAGCUGGAGUCUUACGUGGAAAAUGACAGGUGAGAGUGCCAGUGAAUGCUUUUGCCUUCGAUGUCCUCCAGUUACUAAUGCUGGUGGAGUGGCAACUG